CCUGCCCCUUCCCCGCUCCCUGACUCCUCCCCGGCCGCAGCGGCUGCUCCCGGCUCCGUCCUCCCGUGUUCCAUCCCGUCCCGUCCCGUCCCGUCCCGCUCCGCCGGGAGCAGCCCCAGCUCUCCUUUUCAGAGAACGAGGAACAAAAAUAUCCUCCUCCAGCUUUUUAAUUGUCCUCUAAGUCUGGGCAGAGCUGCACUUCCUGACUGCUGUGAAGAGCUGGGUAAGAAUGGAUGCGACAUAAAGCGAAGCAGAAGUCCUGAAGCCUUAGUCAGCAAUCGGAUGGACUUACUGUUCAUACUUUACUUCCAAACACUUGAAUUGUUUCUGUACUGUUGACAAAGGAAAGAUGACCUCUACUGUAGGUCCACCACCGCCAUACUACGAGAACCACGGCUUUCAGGCAGAACACAUCUAUCCUGCCCGCCAGGCAGUGGGUGCUAAUCCAUAUCCACACUUCUACUCCACAAAUGCUCCCUCAGUGCCAAGCUAUGUCCCAAGGGUUCACACCCACCAGUCCACCAGGCCAGUAGCACAUUCAUCCGGGAGAUCAUGUGCAUCGAGUUUAAGGAAAACCAUAAUAAUAUUAUUAUCUGUUUUGAUAGUCAUUUGUUGUGCAAUUGCUGCUUUCUUCAUCUGGUAUUUUCUGGAGAAUCAUUGUCUGGGCUCCCUGAUCGAGUGUGGAUCUUCAGGAUUGUGCACACCACCGUCUCAGUGGUGUGAUGGAGUGAGUGACUGCCCCAACGGGGAGGAUGAAACCCGCUGUGUUAGACUUUUUGGACCAAAUUUCAUCCUGGAAGUUUAUUCACCUGUCAGCAAAUCCUGGUAUCCUGUUUGCCAAGAUGACUGGAAUGAUGACUACGGGAAGAUUGCAUGUAAAGACAUGGGCUACAGUGUGGAUACAUAUUACUACAGUCGUGGGGUAGUACCUGAUGUCAGCUUUAAAAGCUACAUGAAGCUGAACACAAGUGCUGGGAAUAUAGACUUGUACAAAAAGCUGUACAGCAGUUGAUUCUGUGCCUCAGGACAUGUGGUUUCUCUGCGCUGCAUAGAGUGCGGCCUGUCCACCAAGAGCGUGAGCGUCACGAACAGGAUCGUGGGCGGCAGCGCCGCGCUGGGGCAGUGGCCGUGGCAGGUCAGCCUGCACGUGGAGGGCACCCACGUCUGCGGGGGCUCCUCCAUCACCCGCCAUGUGGAUCGUGACGCGGCACACUGCGUGAAGGGACGAUUUUCUGACCCACACAGCUGGAGGGUUUAUGCUGGGAUUCUGAAUCAGAAUGAGAUGCUCUUCAGAAGUGGAUACAGAGUGCAUCUGAUUAUUUCCCAUCCGGAUUACGACACAGAUUCCAAAGACAAUGAUGUUGCCCUUAUGAAGUUGGAGUCACCACUGAGUUUUACUGAAACUGUACGGCCAGUUUGUCUGCCAAAUCCAGGAAUGAUGUUCCAGCCUGAUCAGCAGUGCUGGAUAUCAGGGUGGGGAGCAGAGUACCAAGGAGGUAAAACAUCAAAUAUCUUGAAUUAUGUUGCAGUGCCCUUAAUAGAACGUUCAAGGUGUAAUUCUCCCUCUAUCUAUAGUGGCAUGAUUUUGCCUACAAUGAUCUGUGCUGGAAAUCUAGCAGGAGGAGUCGAUUCCUGUCAGGGUGACAGUGGAGGCCCACUGGUGACUAACAAAAACUCUGUGUGGUGGCUGGUUGGAGAUACCAGCUGGGGAACUGGCUGUGCUACUCCCAAUAAACCUGGAGUGUAUGGGAAUAUGACUGUGUUUACAGAUUGGAUUUAUAGAAAUAUGCAGGCAAACAGAUGACAACGAGUGUGAUCGAUGUUUCUGAGGACAAGAAUAAAUGAAGCCAUGGGUGCCUGGGAUAUUUAUUCACUUUGCAAUUGAUUUUUUUUUCUCUUUGAAUUUUCUUUUUAAAAAUGUCAUGAAGGAUUGCACACUUGGUUCUGUACUGGCUACAGUGACUGAUCGUAAUCAGUGAAGGAUUAUCACAAUGAGCACCUUUCUUCUCCUUGUGGUGCCUGGCAGAAAGUCAUUCUGUCAACUGCUUGCUAAAAUGUCUCUCUUUAGUUGAGUAACUUUCACUUGAUAAUCAGGUACAGGCUUAUAAUGGCAAUUUAAAUCACAAUUUAAUUUAAGAUUUUCGUAGCAGGAUGUUGAGACAUUUGGUUUAGUAGUCUUUUAAAUUAAAUUUUAAAUAAUGUGAAUGUUGAAUCUCUGAGCUGCUGGUUGGCAAUUUAAAAAGAAAUUAAUGUUUUUUUAGUGUAGAAUCAUAGAGUGGUUUGAGUAGGAAGGGACCUUAAAGCUCAUCCAGUUCCAACCCCCUGCCAUGUGCAGGGACCCCUCCCUACUAGCCCAGGUUGCUCCAAGCCCUGUCUAACCUGGCCUUGAACACUUCAGGGAUGGGGCAGCCACAGCUUUUCUAGGCAACCUGUGCCAGGGCCUCACCACCCUCACAGGGAAGACUCUCUUCCCAAAAUCUAAUCUAAACCUACCCUCUUUCAUUCUGACAUCACUACCCCUUGUCCUGUCCCUCCAGGCCCUUGUUCAAAGUCCCUCUCCAGCUCUCUUGUAGCCCUCUGUAGGUGCUGGAAGGGGCUCUGAGGUCUCCCUGGAGCCUUCUCUUCUCCAGGCUGAACAACCCUAGCCUGUCCUCACAGCAGAGGUGCUCCAGCCCUUGGACCACCUUUGUGGCCUCCUCUGGACUCACUCUAGCAGGUCCAUGCUGGGGAUCCCAGAGCUGAAAGCAGCACUCCAGGUGGGGUCUCAGGAGAGCAGAGUAGAGGAGUAUAUGUGAAGGAAUUUUUCAUGCACUACAGCAGAGGCACAGGAAAAAAAGAAUACUGUACAUUCAGGUAGUUAAAAUCCUCAGGAUCUCAACCAAGCACAGUCACCAAGUCAGAUUGUCCGAUGUGAGACCAGUCUGGCUGCCUCAGCCAUUAAAAGUGCUGUUCUGCCUUAAAGCUGCUCUGAACCCAAAAAAGGGGCAACCCCUGCCAUCAUUCCAUUUGGAGGCUAUGGAGAGGGAUGUCAGGUAUGGAGGGGAUGUCAGGUAUGGAGAGGGAUGUCAGGUAUGGAGAGGGAUGUCAGGUAUGGAGAGGGAUGCUCUGGAGCUGUAGCAGGAAGUGGUGAGGGAGGUGUCCCGGUGACAGGCUGUGCACACCGAGGCUGACUCUUUGAACUCUCCCUGCUGUGAAAGGCAAAGGGCAAACUUUUCCAGCAAGGCUGUGUUGCAAGACCUUGGAUUGCAGACCUUGGAUUGCAGAGACUGGAUGUUUUAUACAAGGAAACACAAAUCUGUGUUUCUGCGUAACCAGAUGAACUACCUCAUUUAUAAAUUUGCCUUCUGAUUCCUUAGAGCUGUCCUUUAGGUAUCUGCCUGUAUGUUUUCUGGCAAAACAAUUAAUAUCAGAGUGCCACCUCAAUUAGGAUUUUGAAAAUAAUUUAUAAUCAUAGUACAGAGGAUCAAAAAGCCAUAUCAAGUCACUUUGUUAAGAAGGAUAAAUCUUUAUUGAAUGAAAUGACUCCAUAGUCUUGUUUUCUCUUUUGGUACUGAGAUGUAAUUAUCUUACAUGUAAACACUGCACCAAAAUAUUUUUUUUUUACAAAUA